CCGAGAAGAAGAAGGGUUCAGUUACUCGCUGGCUGUGAUAGUGUUUAUGUGGUUGCUACUCUCUUCUUCCUUCUCUCUGUCUCUCGCCCACGUUGUCACUGGCCUAGACUCGUGAAACUCCGUGAAGGUAUUCCAUAAAAAGAAAGGAAAGUGAUAUUAUAUUUAAAAUAAAUUUAGAUUACCAAGGAGAUAUCUUGGUGAAAAAGAGGUCAAAGUAUUAAAAGAUAAAUUAAUUUUGUGAAGUGAUUAAAGUGAGAAUAUAUGUUCAUGUGAGUAGAAAAGGUCAAACUCCGCAGGAUUAUGAGGCUUAAGGAGCAACAGCGGGGUGAGCGGGGUUGCUCGGGUCCUCCUCCUCCUUCAUCGUCGCCUACGAAUAGCACCAGCGGAGGAGGAGGAGGAGGGGGAGGGGGAUGUGGGUCCUCAUCCAAAGUUCGCAAAGCCUCCUACUACGUGUGGUUUCUCGGUGCUGAGGAAUGUCGAGGGCUCCGAGGGGCAGAAUGCGUGAGACCCGUCGUGCAUUACUUGGUGGGACGGGAACGAGAACACGAGCCAGACAAGGUGACCCUACAGGUGUCCGGUCGGGGCAUCAAACUGCUGCAGGCAGGUAGUACCAACGGCAGGACACACACCCCCACCAAGCAUUUCAUUCCAGCCUCCGCUGUCACCUAUGUCCAGCAGGAGUCGCGACCCGAUGACGACAUCGUCUCUGCCAUUCUUUUGAUCUACAACCCCUUGACGAGAUGCCCCGUCCACGUCCACACCUACCGUUGCGACUCCACAGAAACGGCUACUCUGUUGCGCGAGCAUUUAGCACAGCUGGUUGAUCGUCCUGACCAACAAGCGAAAUUGGCAUCACUCGAAUCGCGUUUGGCCGCUCGCGGUCUCCUUCCAGCAUCGAUCUCCAGCAGAGGGUCAGAUGGCGCCUCGACUGGGUCGUCCACGUCCUCCGGGGCAGGUGGCAGCAGUGGCGGUCGUUCUCCUGGGGUCAUAUCGGCUGCAGCCAAUCCAAACAUGGCUACCCUUUAUGAUUCCUUGGCAGCGGAACUGAGAGAGAAGUUGGGCACGCGGGCCGGACCUCUCCUGCUACCCCCUAAGGACUACGACACGCUCAACCGAAGUCGAGGUCGACCUAUUGACAGCCGUCGAAAUGCGCCCGUCGCUGGUCGUAAGAGCAACGAAGACGACUCUGCUAGGUCGUCUGGUAUCGGAAGCGACGACGCCCCUUCCCCAACUCAUGACCCAGAACUCCAGCCCUUGGAUCAUCACUCUUCUUCAGGUGUGCACACUUCACAGGUCUACAUUCACAGUUCGCCCUCUCCUUGUGACCGCUUUUCACCAGAUGAGGAAUGGGAAGCUCAUGGAAGUACAGAAGUCCGUGGAGAAGCAGGCCUAAUCCUCGUCCAGCCGUCAUGGAAGGGCCGAGACCCAACCAACCAUAUGCAAGCUCGAGGUGUCCCAAGAGGCAGUCAUCCUCAGCAGGGUUAUGUCCCCAGGAGUCAGUCACCAACGCGAGGCCGCCCUCGUAAUAGCCAUCACUCUCCCGUUAGGAUUCGCCAUGGAUCCCCCACCCGCACCCCUAGGGAUGUGUCUCCUAUCAGACCAGUUCACCAGAAGAAGACUCCUCCAAGAAGGCAACACAAUUCAAGAGAAAGGAGUGAAUCACCUGUCUCUCCUCGAGAGAGGUUCCAGGAUGCAAGAGAUAAAUUCCGAUCAUUAGAGAGGGAGUGGCAGCGCCAUGAUCGUCCAGACUGCCACAGUCGCUCACAUGCCCAGACAGGCAUUACACGUACUCCAUCAUGGGAGCCUCACCCAAGGCCAUCUGGAGGCAUGAGAGAAACCCGAGGAGGACCUACGGAUCAUCUUCAAGGAAGUCGAGAUGAAGGAAUGUGGCCCAAGAGUGAUCGUGACACUGGAUAUGGAUCUAGAGAUGGACUGUUAAGAGAAAGAAAUCGGGGAAGAGAUUAUGAUCGUGGUUAUGGCACCUGUGACACACGAGACUCAGAUCCUUGGAAGCGGGAAAUUGGCCGACGUACACCAGAUAUCUGGCAAAAGGAAUCCCGGCCACACAGCCCUUCCAGAGUUCCAAGAGGCCGUAGCCCAACACGAGAUUACAGAGUUCCAAGAGUUAGAUCCCCAGAGCGCCCAGACUACCAAAGGGCAAAAUCUAUGCAUGACUUGAGUCAGAGAAAAUAUACUCAGGAGGAAGAAAAACGAUUAUCUAAUGACCCAAGGCGACGGUCCAUGUAUGACCAGGCAGAUGACCCUCGACCUUUGAGGGAAUCGCGGUCUGGACGCAGGUAUAGAUCACAAGCUAGCCUCCGUCGUCAUAAUUCUUGUAGCUCAGAUUCAUGCCAUUCUGCAGGAAGCUAUAAUGAGAUUCCCACAAACAGAAGGUACCCAGGGUUGGACCGAGCAACAGCUCGCCCAGAUCCUUUAGAAACCAUACGAUCCCCAUCAUAUAACAAUCACCUUAAUCAAAAUAAACGAACAUAUGAUUACCCAGUUAAUGGUGGUACUGCUGCUGUUCACAUUAGUCGGGCACCACAUGAGGAUUAUCGGAGAUUCCGGUAUGAUCAUUCAGUCACACCACAGUUUAUUCGCUCUACAUCAGUCCCUACGGCUCAGUACUGAGGGUGAUACAAUACAAUUUUUUAAGUGAUUAAACAUUCAAGCCAUCCAGUGCAGUCAUUUUUUGUAGUGGACAAAUGAUCUAUAUAUUUUUGUAUAUAUAUGUGCUUAAUACAUUACAUACACCAUACAGCAGUUAAGGACAUGUCAACACAAACUUAAGGCUUCUGCUUGAUCUCCCUGAAUAAAAUGCAAUGCCUAAGUGCUUUUCAACAGUCUCUAUGAGUAGAGUAUUUAGCUAAUAUUAUGGCAUUCAUGUGGGCCUUUUUUGUUCAUAGCAACUAUAGUAUAACCAUGACAACAAUAUUUAAGUAACCCCUGAGCAUGGAUCCUAUUUCCACGAUUGGCGAAAUUCUGAUAUUUGUUGCUGUUCUGAAGUAUAACAUACAGCAACCCAUGAAUCAGCAUUUUUGCAAAGAAAUGAAUCUAUAUUAUUUGCUUGUUAUUAUGUUGUAAGGCCUAUUAUUUAGAAAUAAAAAAAAGUUUACCAUAUUGUUUAUACGAACUUUGUAUACUUUUACUUUUAACUUGUUAAUUAUCCAUCAUAACAUCACUUUCAUACUGAUUGAAGCAGUAAAAUCCUUUUUGCUAAUCACUGGACACUAAGCAGCAGUUCUGACAUUUUGUUAUUUGUGUUUUUGAAUGGGUUUUUAAGGAAAUAACUAACUUGCCUAUGGAUUGUUGAAUAUUUAUGUUUCAAGAUUAAUACUGCACUUUCUAAUUCCAGUAAUCAUUUAGCAGUAAUUAUUUGUUGUCUCCCAAUACUGUGCUAUGAAUAUAUUAAACACGUUAUAAGAGUCCUGAUUGCAAUGUUUAUUACUUUAGAGCUGAGCAACAUUCUCAUAGAAAGCAAGAGGUGUCAUUAAACUUUAGCGAAGGAGCUAAAUGCCUAAAUGACAGCUUUUUAAACUCCGACCUGAUUUUUUGAAUAAAAAGUUACUUGCUGUGAAUAUGGUUAAGCUUUUGAAAUAUAUACUCAUGCCACCGACUUGUUUUAAGUAUGUUGGUAACAAGCUAAUUAAUUCCUAAAUAUUAAGUACUUCUGUGAGGUGGAUAGGUUCAACUGUAUUCUAACAGGCUGGCUGACAGAGCGAUAUAAGUGUAAUUGUUAUAACUCAUACAUAACUUGUGUGAUGAUGAAAAGAUAAUGAAAUCACAGAGUUUAAUCUCUAAACUCUUGGGAUGGUCCAAAACAUUUGCUUGCUCUUGGUCAAUUCCUUAAAUUUCUGAAAACGAUAUGCACCAGCUAUUGUAAUGGCAAUCUGAUAUUUCAAAUAAAAUACUGAUUUAAAUAGUCAUACGACCCAUAGUUUCUUUUUAUUGAUUUAAUUUUGUUGCAAAUUUAUUGUACUUAAUUUCAAGUAAGCACUAUCCACCUAGCAAUCAUCUGAGCUCAUUAUGUUUUAUAAUUUGCAUCAAUUUUGUUAAUUCUGAUUUAUAUACAACCACCUCCCAAAUGAUUGUUUUUGUACAUAUUGCUGAACUAGGUUAAAUAUCUUUAUCAUAUUCCUUCACCUACCAGUAGUCACUACAGAUAAAAUGCAAACAAUUUUCUACAGAUCUUUACAUCAUACAGAAUACAUAUCCUGGAUGUCACGUUUCAUUUCCUGUAAUCUGCACUUUACAGUCCAGAACUGGAACCUCAUUCAGCACCAUUACUUGAAAUUUUAUACACAGGGAUAAACUAUGAAUUUAGACGAUUUUACACAUACAGUACGUACAGUGAUAUCCACAAUCUUCUUUCUUCCCAAAAUGCCAGUCUGGCAAAAAAAAUAUUUGUAAAAUGCUACCAAAACACUCGUGGUCUGCCAUACAUUUCAUCUCCCACUGUAGGUGUUUAGGUGGCUUGGAAACAAUUGCUGGUAAGAGUUAAGAAAGAGAGACAAAUUCUUGAUUUAUAUAUCCUUGAUAUUCAUUACAUUAUGAAACGGGAAGUUGUCCCUUCUGUUAAACUCAAAAGUUUGUUUAAAUUCAGUAUCAUGUUUCCUCAAUGAAAUCUUUUUAACCCUAUUUCCACAAGGUAGAUAAGUGGAUAUAUAAUGUAUAUAGUGUGUACAAAUGUGAAGUUGUAUGUAAAUUAUGUGACAACUCUUUUAAACCAUUGUAUUUGUGAUGUGGUAUAUCUUUAAUAAAGAUUAUCAAGGGAGAAA